UUCGGUUGGUUCUGCCGGCCACAGGAAAUACUGUGCACCUGGUGGAUCAGAUCCAGGGGUAGGUUUGUUAAUUUAUAGAUUUUAUUUAAACUAAAUAUGGUUUCUAUAAAGGGAUAAACGUUCAUUUCAUUCCUUGCUUUGUUUGGAACCUGCUGAUCAUUUUAUUUAGUUUCCAGCUUUAUUAAAGGCAGUCCGGGCUCUUUGUGGAGGGGGGACCCGCGUCUUAUAGGCAUACUGCAAAGCCAUGACGCAAUUCACACUCUGCUGCUGCAACACAAUAAAAUAUGAAUCACUAAGUGAGCCGACGGUGGGAUCUCUGGGUGUAAAUAUCAUGUAAAUGGUGAGGAGGGGGGUGUGGCGCUCACCAUCAUCCCAUUCACCAAAAACAACACACGCCCAGAGAGCUCGCGCAUUUGGGGCGUAAAAAAAAAAAAGCCGUGCCGUGCCGUGCCGUGCCGUGCCGGGGGAUCAGGUUUGAUGCCUCCUUGCCUCCGCAGGCUCCGGAUAAAAACGCGCUUCACGCAGAGAUCCUCAUCGCAUUACGCAGAUUCAAAACCUUGGAUGCAGUGGCCUGCACAUGAAGAUGCGAUAACUACGGCACCAUGAUCCAUGGCUGUGGUGUUCGGUGUGUUAGUGCAGGCUGUGUUGCAAGAGGACAUUGAAUGCCUCUAAAAUCUCAAGGCUGUGAGCCCUGUGCAGGGUGGUGAUGAGCAGUCAGGGCAGCAGCAGCAGGGGAAGUGGCCAGCAUGCUGACACUCCUCCCCCUCGUCACGCCCCUGGACCGAAGCUGCAGGUGCAGCGCUCCCUCUCUCGUGACACCAUCACCAUCCACUUCUCCGCUCUGGGGAAGGAGGAAGACGACGAGGAAGAGGAGCUCUAUGGGUUAUCUGUCGGAUCUGCAGGAGCUAAAUCUGGGCUUGAUGGUGCAGAGGGACUGCAAGGUCUAGAAGCUUCAGGUGCUGAUGAACAGUCUGUGGCCACGGCCUUGGAGGCAAAAGAGGAGCUGCUGUUUGAAUGUGCUGGUCUGGAGACCGUUUCAGGAGCUGCUGUACUCCCUGUUUCCUCCACCACUUUAUCUGUGGAGCCCUCAGACUCUCACCCACAUACACACUCUCCAGCCAUGACUAUUAUCCCCACCUCCACCCACCCCCACCUAAGCUCCAACCCUCCUGCCAGCUCGUCUUGGCCCUCUGACCGACCAUCAGCCCCACCAGCCACGAGCUCCAGCUCCUCCUCCCCUUGUAAGUCUGCAGCGCUGCCCUCCUCCAAACCUUUCCUCAGCUUGGUCAGGUCUUUGUCCAAUGACGUUGAGUCUCGAGAAACCACUCCUGCGCCUACCGCUGUUGCACCAUCGCAUGCACGCCACCGUCACUUAAUGAAAUCUUUUGUCAAGUCUCUUUCUACAGACACUUCAAAGGCUGAACAUCAGGAAGGGCCACUUCAUCACUAUCUUCAUCACCCCCCUCAUCAGCAACAGCAACAGCCAUCCCAGCGGCCUCCACCUCGCAACAUGCAGCUCUUCAAACAGUUUUCCCAGCCUCGCUUAUCCUCCUGCCCCGUCAUUGUCACUCACUCAGGUGGGGACUCCAAAACAGCGCCCUCUUCCCCCAUUAUGUCCCCAGAUGGUAGGUCUUUCUUCAAGGUCCAAGAGGUGGAGGCCAGGAUAGAAGAUACCAAGCGACGGUUGUCAGAGGUGAUGUCAGACCCCCUGCAGCUUUUUAGUAAGAUCAUGGGGGAUGAGUCUGGCAUGGGAGCUGUUGGAAGUGCCACUCAUCGUGCCAAAUCGCUGUCCUCCAGUGCAUCAGAGCUCAGUGGGGUGGCGGCAGUAAACGGACACACAGAAGGUAACAACAACUAUAGCAUCAAGGAGGAGGAAGGAGCAGAAGGGGAAGAAGAGGAAGAAACACCCACAGGCAGGGGCCCUGACUCUGUUUUUUUCUCCUUUCCAUCACUGACACCAGCCCCAGCCCUCGCCCAGGCCUCCUCAACCACUUUCCCCAAGAGUCCCUCUCUCACCCUGGGCCGCUGCUCUAUGUCAGCCCUGGUAGCUCGACAAGAAGACGAGGACUUCUGUGAACUGUACAGUGAAGACUUUGAGUUAUGUACUGAUACAGAAACACCAGAUGGGGAUCGCCCAGAGUCCCGGCAGCCCCAUACUGGUAGCACUGGGUUGUGUAGUGAACUUGACACAGAGGAGGAGGAGAAAGUGGAGGAGGAGUUGGAAACUGUGCCUGUGAUUGGCCUCAUCUUCCUAACACAGUUGGUGUACUUGUAUGUAAUCCUUCCAGUGCCACCAUAUGUCUGUGCGGUAGUGCAUGGGAUAGUGGCUGGGUUCAUGUUGGCCUUGCUGGUUCUUUGGCUGUCCUCUCCUCGACACUCCUCGUCAAGAAGCGGGAAGAGAAGGACAGAGAACUGGAAUGUGGCCCAGCUGGAUAUCAAAGAACCAGGAAUCUUCAAGGGCUGGAUGAAUGAAAUCCACAGCUACGACCCGGAGAUGUACCACGCCACCCUGACCCACUCUGUUUAUGUUCGUCUAGAGGGCUCUGUCCUGCGUCUGUCCAAGCCUAACCGUAACAUCUCCCGCCGUGCCACACACAACGAACCUAAACCUGACGUCACUUACAUCAGCCAGAAGAUCUAUGACCUGACUGACAGCAAGAUCCAGCUGGUGCCCCAAAGCUUGGCUAGGAAGAGAGUUUGGAAUAAGAAGUACCCCAUUUGCAUUGAGCUGGCCAAGCAGGAGGACUUCAUGUCCAAGGCCCAGGGAGAGAAGCCCGAGGCUGGGGAGGACAAAUUAACAGGGCUGUGUGAGAAGCUAGAGAGAACGGACAAAUGUGAGAAGGUUGAAGUAUCAGCAUCUGCAGAGGAACCCAAAAGACCAGCCUCUGGAGGGGGCGACCUGACAAUCUACCUGUUUGGGAGGACGGGUCGGGAAAAGGAAGAGUGGUUCCGGAGAUUUCUUCUAGCGUCCCGGAUGAAGUCGGAAGGGAGAAGUGGCAGUCUGCCUGGCAUCUGCAAGAGUGCCUUCUUGCCCUCCCACAGCCGCAGUAGCAGCACCCAAUCUGCUGGAGGCCUGGAGGCUGACAGCAGGAGCAGCAGCCGGGGGAGCCUGGAGGAGCUGUCUCAGUUACGCAACAGAGAGACCUCCUCUGCUCUCUCCUGUGGCUCUACUGGAGGGAUAAAGCAGAAGAUGCUGUUGGACUAUAAUAUCUUCAUGGCCAAAUAUGUUAACCCCCAGGCACCACCGAAAAGCCCAACUGCCACUGACAGCCCUGGACACAGCCCAGAGAGCAGCCCUAAAGCUACCAAAAAGAUACGCAGGAGUUCAGAGGACACUGUGGAGCCUGAGGCCUGGCUCAAUGCUUUUAUUGGAAGAAUAUUCUGGGACUUCCUGGGAGAGAAGUACUGGGCCAACGUAGUCUCCAAAAAGAUCCAAAUGAAGCUGAGUAAGAUCAGGCUGCCGUAUGUUAUGAAUGAGCUGACUCUGACGGAGCUCGACAUGGGCUUUUCCAUUCCUAAGAUCCUCCAUGCCUCCUCACCCUCUGUGGAUCACCAAGGUCUGUGGUUUGAUCUGGAGGUCUCCUACACGGGCUCCUUCCUCAUGACCCUGGAGACCAAGAUGAACCUGGCACGUCUUGGGAAAGAGGGCGAGGGGCUCGGAGAGCACGGGAAAGAGUGGCCCAGGCCACGGACAUACUGUCUGGCAGACAGCGAUGAGGAAUCGUCUAGUGCUGGCUCAUCAGAUGAGGAGGAUCCCCCAGAACUCCUCAGUGACAAAGCCAUUCCUCCUGGAGGCGAGGGCUAUGUGGGAGGCCACAGGCCCAGCAAGAUCAUGCGCUUUGUGGACAAGAUAGCCAAGUCGAAGUACUUCCAGAAGGCCACAGAGACAGAGUUCAUCAAGAAAAAGAUGGAGGAGGUGUCCAACACGCCCCUGGUGCUCACCGUGGAGGUGCAAGAGUGCCGCGGGACACUGGCUGUCAACAUCCCACCUCCCCCCACAGACAGGAUAUGGUACGGUUUCCGGAGUCCGCCUCACCUAGAGCUGAAAGCGCGGCCUAAACUGGGCGAGAGGGAGGUCACUUUAGUUCACGUGACUGACUGGAUUGAGAAGAAACUGGACCAGGAGUUCCAGAAAAUAUUUGUGAUGCCAAACAUGGAUGAUGUAUGGCUACCCAUAAUGCACUCUGCCAUGGACACACGUUCAAAUGCCAACUUGGUUACUGUGACAAAUGAUGCCUUGAAGGACCCAGAACCCGAGGAGUCUGAGGUCUCGGACAUGUGAAGACUGCUGUUCAAAGUGUAUAAUGACGGACAUUUUAUCAUCAUGGCAAUACGACAAGUACCCACCCCUCCCUCAGACACCACGGGUGUAGCAACGGGCCAACUAUCCCAAUAUUUUUACCCAUGUUCCAGUCCUGUUGUUGCACCAGUCUGUGGCCACUCAUGACGUGCGCUCAUAAAACUGGAAGUGUUGGAUGAGCUUGUGUGAAGCAGGAAGAGAAUUGUGACUCAUAGAACGUCAUCCAAUCACGCAGUUUUAUUUGUGCGACCUCAAACAUGAUUCAUUCUCUGAUGGGGCAUGUCGAGACGGUAACAAGAGUGUGGAUCGACAAAUAGCCAUCAGAUUCAACCAGAAGAACCAUAAUACCUGUGAUGUACAGCUGCACCAAACAUGAUAGUUGUACAGUGUAAACAUUUUGUGCGACGUUUCUAAUAGAGCGGUUUAUCGUUUGCUAUAACGAAAACUUUGAGGGUACUGAUGAAGAGUGUGAAUGUCUGAGUGUGCAUUUUAGGGAAUAAUCCUAAAAAAUUGGCAACUUUUGCUGAAAGCCCCAACGUCUAUUAAUACACAUUUCACAGGGAUAUCAAAACUCAUUUACCAUCCAUCCACACUGCUGCCUGUGCCAGCCACCUGGCACUUAUAUGCAAACAGAUCAAUGGCAACUCACGGAUCCUGGGUCAGUUUAUAUCCAACUUGGACACUAUCAUUACAUAGAGCCUGCGUGCUUUUAGCUGUGCGGUAGGGAUUAGAGCUGGCUAAAACUGACUUUAGAGGAAAGGUGAAUUAAAAUAUAUCUGCAAACACAGCAGCUGAACAUUGCCUAGGUCUGAUGAAUGUAUAAAUAAGAAUGCAGCUCCCUAGCUGUGCAAGGAAUAGCUCAUUCAAUGAUGACGCGCUUCUACGCAACAUGCUUCAAGAUUUGUUUUCAUGAUAUAUUCAGAGCUGAGCAAAAGUAAUAAUUUUCUGUUUUUAUUGCCAAAGCAAUUUUUUAGUCCUCUUCGAAGGCCACUGUAUGAAGUAAACGGUGACACAUAAGCAAUCAGUUCGGUUCAUCUUGUGUUCCUAAUGAGGCCACUGUAUGCGAUGUACAGCCAAAGUUUGGAUAAAAAUUCAUAAAAUGGAGAUAUAAUCUACAGGGAGUGAUGUUUUUGGGGGGCAGCAGGAAACUGAAACCCUUUCGUGGACAUGGUAAGAGUUUUUUUUAGGUGAAAACAGUGGGAAACAUACCCACUGUUCUGGUUUUAUUUGAAAAAAUAACAUACUGGAUAUUAGCCAUAUUAUUUAAUGUUGUCAGCAGACAUCCAGUUCAUGAAUGCUCUUUUUUUUGUUCAAUUAUUUAUUGAUCUGUUCUUUCUGUACUGUACACAUUUCAGAGGAAUAAAACCAAUAAACUAGAACAGUAACUUCGUAAUCUGCCAGACACCCGGCUGCUUUACAGGCGACCAUUAUUUUACACGUUUUCUGUUCAAAAAUGUGUGCUGGCAAAAGUGUAUGAGGCAGAAAGUGCCUUUGAAAUAAUCAAACAUUCCUCCAUUGUGAGCCACCACAUUUGUUGCAUCUGAGAAAAUGUCUUUGUGCCAUUACUGUGUCGUUGAGACAUGCCCUUUGUUUUCAAAGGUUUCGGUGUUGUUCAUUUGCACAGUGAUGAAAAACAUGAAAACAUUGCUGUCGUGUUCAGUGAUGUCACAGAAUGUUCUGGUUCUGAUCGUUGUGGAUCAAUAAAACCUUUUGCUUGGAAAGAG